UUUCUAUCAAAGCAGAAGAAAAAGAGGUGAGCUAUAAAGUGAGAGCCAGUUUCAUCUCUACUCUGCAAUCUAGGAGAAAAACUUUUACCCGAGGACAGAUCAGGCAGUUCCAGACUUUUUCCCGGACUCCCUCCCGGCUAGCUGUGGUGCACUAGCCCCCUUCAGGCUGUGUUCAUGCACCCAACCCCAGUCCUCUCCCUGGGAUCUGAACUCCGAAGCCGAAGCCUCAGCUCCCAGUCCUGACCCGUCCUGGCAGGUGCUGUUUUUCAACCCUAAACUUUUGACCAAGAAUGAAACUAUUUAAAAAUUAAGAUGCCAACAGAUCAUGAAGAGCCCUGUGGUCCCAGUCAUAGGUCAUUUUGCCUGAAUGGAGGGAUUUGUUAUGUGAUACCUACUAUUCCCAGCCCAUUUUGUAGAUGCAUUGAAAAUUAUACAGGAGCUCGUUGUGAAGAGGUUUUUCUCCCAAGCUCCAGCAUCCAAACUAAAAGUGACCUGUUUGCAGCUUUCGUGGCAUUGGCUGUUCUUCUAGGAACUCUUAUCAUUGGAGCCCUCUACUUCCUUUGCAGGAAGGGCCACCUUCAGAGGGCCAGUUCGAUCCAGUAUGAUAUCAGCCUGGUAGAGACAAGCAGUACCAGUGUCCACCACAGUCAUGGAGAACAUUGAAGAAAUAUCACAGUGAACCCAAAUCACUGCUUUUUUGUUACAAAGGCAGAAAAUGUAACACCAAAAGGGAGGGAACUGGAAACCAUCCUUCUGUCAUUUUAAGAAUAAGAGCACCACUGCGUGGGAGGCAAGGGAUUUUCAUUAAGCAGACUCAUUCCCUUUCUACAAAUGAAAACCAAGUCAGUCAUCUAAAAUCUCAAUUUCAAAUCAAGAGGAUUUAGUCUUCUGUUUUCAUUAAAAUGGAAUUUAUGGUGGUGUUCAAAUGGGUUAGACUGGGCACAAAAUGACAGAAGUAGAUUUUUUUCUCAAAAAUUUCUGCAGAAUGCCUAGGAAAUUCUCAGAUUUGUAAACGUUUAUUUUACAUUCUUUGCAUGUUCAUUGUGUUAAGUUUGUAAUAUAAAUUAGUGGCAAAACUCUUGCUGUUUGGCUUCUCUUACUAGGUUGAAAAGUUGUUUUAUUUACCAAUGAUGCAGGUUUAAGCAAAGUUGAGAAUUAAUUACAGUAGUGAACUGGCCUUCUGGACCUCCUUCAUUACUCUAGCUCACAGACUAUUAAUUAUAACAAUGUGUAGGGUGUCUGUUUUGAGAUCUUAAUUCCAAGCUUCCUUACUCUUUUUUAUAUUGCUACUUGGCAUUUCAAGGCGUUUAUUCCUUUGAAGCAGCCUUUAACAAGGCAAAUUGUAGCUGCAGAAAGAUUCUGCUUUGAAAGCACAUUAAGGAAAUCAAUAUUUUUUAAACAUCUUGAUUAAACUAUCCUAUCCUUGUCACUUGAUAGAAGACAGCUCAGUAUUGUAAAGAAAACAGUAAGGGUACAUCUUCUCUUUUUGUGCUCAUGUCAGCUUUUUCAUGUGAUCAUUUUUCCAGUUUCACAAAUAACUACAACAGUUGCCAUUUCUAGGAAUUAUGUUUUUAGCUGAAACAGUAACUUUUUCUUUAAUGCCUGCUUUUAAGACAAGCCUUUCAAAACCAUAAUAAAUUGUUUUAACUUUGGUUAAAUUAUCAUCCCCCCCCCCCCGCCAACUUCCACAGAAAUGUCAAAGCCUCUGAGAGGCAGGGCCAAUAACUUUUGUUUUCAUCAGUACUACUCCUUCAAUUGGUUCAACUUCUUCCCUUUCUAUUUUGCACCAGGGUUACAAUCUUGUGGCCAAAUGAAUUUACUGUUCCUAACAAGCUCCAAAGUCUCAGCUAUAAAAAGGAGCCAUAUAUUAACCUCGAAUACUGUAUGAAAUGACCUUGCAGCAGACUCUCCUUUGAGUAGUAAUAAAACAUUUUAUGUAUUAAUUUGAAAAAAAUAAAACAGUUCAUUCAACCAGG